AGCAGCCGGCCGCCUCCAUUGCCGGCCUUGGGCAGCGACGCGCCAUGCCACGCGCUCCACCUCACCCUCAUGGCCUCACCUCACUCAUUGCAGGGUCAAACGCCACAUGCGUAUAUAACAUCCAUCCCUUCUCGUCUUCUCUUCACCCCGGCGAAUAAUAAUAUAGCCUGUGAUCUAUCCAUCGAUCGAUCGUUGCACCGGCGGCGGCGGCGAGCGCCAUCACCACCAGCAUGAGGCAGGCGAGGCCGUACUCAGGGAUCUUCUGCGGCGGGGUGUCUGCGCGGACGGGGCCGCACGCGCUCCCGCUGGCGCGCAUCAAGAAGAUCAUGAAGCGCUCGGCGGGGGAGACAGCGGACGGCGGCGCCAGGAUGAUCUCCGGCGAGGCGCCCGUGGUGUUCUCCAAGGCGUGCGAGCUCUUCAUCGCCGAGCUCACGCGCCGCGCCUGGGCGGCCACGCUGGAGGGCAAGCGCCGCACCGUGCACAAGGAGGACGUCGCCACGGCCGUGCAGAACACCGACCUGUUCGACUUCCUCGUCGACGUCGUCAUGGCGGACGCCGGUGGCGGCGGGCAUGCGGCGGCCGGCCAGUACGACGAAGACGACGGCGCGCUGGAGUAACUAAGCUGCGAGUGAAUUUGCAGCCUGCUCCUUGUGGUCACGAGAACCACCGUACCUAAGCUACCGUGCUACUUCGACGGUGGAAUUGAACUAAUGAAUUCACCCGAGUAAAGGGCAUGCUACUUCGUCAGUGUACCUUAAUUUUCUGGUUCCUCUUUUCAGCUAGCUACCUACUCCGUAUGCAACAAGGGCAAUGAUACAGUAACUUGUAACUUUUUUUUUCAUGCAAUCCUGUUAACCUGUUACAACUGAAUGAAUGAAAUUGGCAUUGCUAGAGCCACGUACGUGUACCU